GCCCCAGUUCAUGAUCAGGUUCCAGCUUUCAGUGACUGGACAACAUCCAUGCCUGCGCUUGACAAAGAGGCAACCGGACGUGCUAAGAGACAGCCGGGGAUCCCCUCCUUUAGCAGGGGUUCAUCUUCAUGUCGAAGUCCCAGCCUGUGUGAGAGUUCUCUGGGCAGCCAGGAGUCCCUCCAAACUGGGUUUCUUUCUCCUGCAGAGCACAGAGAGAGCCGGGAGAGAGCGCAUAUGAUGCAGGCCCCAAGGAAGGAGCAGGCUCAACUCAGUAGUCUUGCUCCAGUCAAAAUUGGGUGGCUGCCAAUCCAAAGAAGAGUGAUGAUGGUGGGUGAUGCUUGCAACCAAAGCCAGUUUUUGGACCACUCUACUUGCCAGGUGAAAUGGAAACAAACCAUCACUCCAACAUUUCAGAAGAAUCUAGCAACAGCAAACAGGCCCCAGGAUGAGGAAGAGGCGGAGAAAAGUCAAAGUGCUUUAGGUGAGAAGACGUGGCAGACACCCGAUCAAGGCUCUCCCAAUAAUAAACAGGUGCCAGAAAAACGAAGCUUUCCUGCAAACGAAGGAUACAGACCUGUAGGCUGGCAAGCUCUGAGGAGAGGCUGGAAUACCAACAGGGUGUCAGCUUUCCCUAGAGGCAGUCAGUCCAAUGACCUCCCCACAGGCACCAGCUUAGACCCCAACAGGAAGUCCUCUCUGAUGAAAACAACCAGCAUAGACCCCCUCAACCAUGCUCCUCUGCAUCAAACAACUGUUGCCGAUCCCUUCAAACCCUCACACACUCUGCUGCAAAGGACAAACAGCACAGAUACAAACAAGACACAUACGCCUUUGCAUAGAACAGGCAGUGUUCAGCCUAUAAGGGCAACAGCCCCGCUGUGUAGAACGAACAGUAUCUCACAGCCUUCACACAUACAGACAAACUCCGCUGUGACUACACUCAUCCCUCAGAACAAAGCCGGCUUCUCCUCCAUCACCAUCUCAUCCAGAAAAUUGAGCAGAUCAUGCAGUUUGCCUGGCCCCGACACCUGCAACCAUUCUUCCCGAUCCAGUGCAUCCACUUCUUCGCCACUAUCCCACCAGUCCAUGGACCCAAACGCCAGGCAGGUCACAGUGCAGAGGAAGGCCACUAUAGUCAAAGUGACAGAGGAAAGGAUGAUGUCCAGCCCGAGCACAAAAAGGGCAGGGACCCCAACAACUAGCCAUACUUUGGACACAGUGGUCCACAGAAGAAAGGCUACCAUCAUCAAAGUGACAACGCAUAAGGAGAGCUACAGUCCAGCCAAGGCAGGGUGUGGGACGAGGCACCCAGAGUACAGACACAGCUACACAGAGGGAGUGUACAAGGAAAACAGCAUGUGGAGUCCCGGAAAGCAUUCACAACACAAUGCAGCACCUUCAUAUCACCAUCUGGAUUCCACAAAGGGGCCAAACUCAGCCGAAGCACCAAAUGCAUCCACUUCAGAUCCAGAGAAAAAUGGCAGAACACUACACAGAUCCACGCUGAGUCUUUUUGUGAGCAACCUCCCUGCUAUAGCAGCACCAGCUCCCUCAGUGGUUUCUCCAAAGGCUGUUGGACAGAGAUCGGACAGGCUGCACAGACCACUCAGCUGCUAUGGCAAUAUGUUUGGACACACUGAGCAAAGCAAAGAGAACGUGACACAACCAGCCACCAGUAAAUGGAGCUUUGAGCAACCACAAGAGACCAAUAUCAACCCUGUGAACUCCGACAGUAGUUUCAUCAGCCGGCGAACAGCAGCAAAAGAAGCAGAUCAGCUAGUGGCAGACACCCUGAAGCCAAACGGAGGCCAGAAAGAAAGAUUACCGCCAGAGAUUGCAGUGAGGAGAGCGUCCCCCUGUCUAACUCUCAUCAAGGCUCCGGAUCCCCAUUCACAUCAGUCUCAAGAGGAAGUGCUUGCCCUCAAUGCAGCUGCCAUCAUAGCAAAUAUCAAACUCCAAAGACAACUUAGUAAGAAGAAGACACCAAAUGGCAAUUGUGAGAAGGACUCCGCUGCAUCACCCCAGGGAAAUGCUGCUGUGACAGAGGACGGGAAAUGUAUGAAGCCACAUCCAGAUCAAAGAACAGUCCAGCGCCACAACCAGUCUCAUGCUCCAUUUGUUCCGCUGAGCCCUGACCCUCAAACUCUUUCUCUACAGGACGCACUGCAGCAGUCCAGACCAGACUUCAUCAGUCGUUCCAAGAGCAGACUGCAAGAGCUGGAGCGAAGAGCACAGGAAAGGAGGGAUCUGGCGGAUUCGGUAGACCCACGGUCCGAUGCUGCUCUCAGGCAGAGGAGAGCCCGCAGUGCCCAGUGUACCUCUCUGAAUGAUAACCUUUUCAAACCCAGGGAUAGAGCCAUUACUGGGAAAGAAAUGCAGCUGAGAUCUAAGCGAAACUGUUGGCUCAGCUUCUUCAAAGGAGCAACAGCUGAAAAGACAACAGAUGACAAUAAUGACAUGACAAAGCCUGUAGCAUUGCAUAACAGACUGAUGGUGUGAACUUUGACCUUUGACAGUGCUGAAUAUGAGUUAAACUAUCAGUGUAGGUCAAGAUAUACCUCUAGCUGUCCUUUAGCUAGCCUUUAGUUUGUUUCCCUCGUGUGUUACCAUUACUUAUUAUUCAAGUUACAGAGCUUAACAUCUGUUUUUCUGUAAGAUAAAACCAUGGCAAGCUUUCAGAAGCCCAGAAGGUCAUUUAACAUUACUUACUGUAGCGCUGUUUUGAAGGUUUUCCAGAACCUUCAAAGACUCUUUUGCCCAUCUGGAUAAAUAGAUAUAUAUUUCUGAUGCACAAUAAAAGAAGAGCUUUAAUCAGUUUUCCUUAUUGCGACUCUACUUUAUUAACUAAACAUAAAUGAAUGAGAAGGUUUUUUUUAUAUUAAUGUGUUGUACAACUCCAUUCAUGGAGAUAUGUUCAUCUUUGCUUGGAUAAGAGACACAAAUUAGCAGUUUAGGACAGGUUAAAUUGUCUUGGGCAGAUGACAGAAAAUACUUGAUGCACUCGGACAGAGUGAAUUGAAAUACCGUCGAAGCAGCGCUAAGUGUUGUUAAAUGGCCUUCUGGGUUUUUGAAAGAUUGCCAUAAAUUAUGUCUUAUGUCUUUUGAGAAAAAACAUGCUGAUCUCUGUGCCUCAGCUGUCCUAGCUGCCCUUGUGAUAUGCAAGAUGGCCAAAAUGAAUGUAUGAAAUUGUGUCUCUUCUUUUUUAGUUGUAUCACAUUGAGCAUCAUAUAGACACACUGACUGACUUUUGAUGUAAGAUAUAAGCCAGCAAUGUAUGCAGUUUAUCCGUGUUAUCUUGUUUUCAGUUGAUUGCAAAUUGCCUUUCUUUCCGGAAUACUUCAUGUGAUAGGAUGCAGAGUAAGCUCUCACUGCACCAUAAAGCACUGAUGCUGAUGUCCUCACACAGCCACUUUCACAUGAUCUCAUGUGACGUGAAGCAGUGAUACAAAACAAAAUCAUUUAUAAUGCUUCACAGUCCCUUCCAGGACAGUCUUCAACUGCCAUCCUCAUUAUAUAACCAAUAAGCAGAGUGAAGCAUGAAGUGGGCUCUGCCAUUAUUCGGUGCCAGCUACUAGCUGUUAAGAUGGAGCAAUGUGACCUCUUCUCACUGGAAAUGCCCUGUUAAUGGACAGUGCCGAUUUGAAUGGAUCUUUUGUCCCUAUCUUUGUCUCAUGACGGACUGGAGCCCGCCAUUGCAGAUUUAGAUUUGUGGGAUUUAAAGAGAGUGCUGCUUACCAACAUGAUGGAGCUGGGGAUAAAUCAAAAGUGAGAUGUGUGAAUCUUUAUUUGUGAGACAACAGAGAUUGUUAUUUUACUCAUUAGCCUUUAAAGUCAGAGUUCUUUCAUAGUUCAGCUGUUUCAUCUAUCUAAAUUUGCAAUGAUGUCUUUGGUUUUUGUAAACCUUAUAUUAAUGUCAUAUCAGUGCCCAUACAUGUGUGGGUGUCUUUAGACUAUAGGAGAUCAUCAAUAACAGCACUCAUGGUUCUGUUUGUUUCUUUUUUUUAAUUAGUAAUUUUAGACUUGAAAGUACAACACAACUAUGAACCAUGACUGCUGGUUGAAGGUUAUUUACUCUGUGUGUAUGUGUGUGUGUGUGUGUGUUUUCUCUAUUCAACUUUACAUAGAAGGUUUCACUAUGCAAUGUAAUUCUUUAAACUUCAACUUUAGGUAUUUUAUAUUUGAAAUUAAUUAGAUGUAUUUAAUAUUUGAGUUGUGUUUAGAUAUUAUUUUCUUCCAAAUGUGACUGUAAAAUGUUUGUCUCUAAGUACUGGUGAAAAGUUGUGUUCCCCCCCCCCAACUGUAUC